GGCGCCGCUGCUCCCACAGACGCUCGCGAGCCGCCCCCCGCGCUCCCAGCCUCCUCUUCCUCCCGCACGCCCGAGACGCUCGCCCGCCUCGGGUCUCGCCCCCGCCUCCACCUCCCCCGUGCUCUUCCCUCGCUCGCCUCCCACACAGUCUCUGCCUCAUUUUCUCUUCUAGUUGAGGAAAAAAAAUCACCAUCAUCCUCAGGGAUCCCCUCGCCCUCAGAAAAACAAAACCAGACAUGCUCCUGGGCUCCCGCCCCUGAAGGACUGGCCGAGCGAGGAGCAGGGAGCUAGUGGAGACCGCCCCAGAGGUCACGGGAGGGAAGCCCCCGCAGCCCCCGGCCCUGUCCCCGCGGCCGGCCCCUCCUCGGCCCGAGCCCGGCGGUCCCCAGCCCCGCGGCCUCCCGCCCCGUCCCCCACUUUCCCGGGAGCCGGACGAACACACCUCCAUUGAUGGUGUAGCGCAUUCGGGGAAGGUAAGGAUAUUUGAGGUGCUUGUGGAGAGGUGUUUUCUGGUGCCAGAUUUGACCUAAGAGCUUUGGAAGCAUUGAGGUCAAGGACUCUUGAGCUUUUCCCUCAUUGUAUCUUCAGUUCCGAAGACCUGGCACCUAGAUAGUGUUUAGUAUAGAUCGUUGAACAAAUGAGAGAAGAUGUUGAGGAAGAUGAUACAGGACGGCAAAAGAUAAAUUACUGGUUUUUGGGGCUAAAACAUGACGUUUUUGAAACGUUGGGGUAGUUGGAGUGGUUGGAUUUUCCCUGGAAUUGAGUGAGAAAUUCAGAAGACUGAAGCCCAGGCUUACUGUCUACCUUUCACGGAGGCCUAGCCGUGAGAGGACAGAAGAAGGCACGUGGCGAAUCAUGACAGCGGACAAAGACAAAGACAAAGAGAAGGACCGGGACCGAGAUCGGGACCGAGAGAGAGAUAAACGAGACAAAGCAAGAGAGGGUGAGAAUUCAAGACCACGUAGGAGCUGCACCUUGGAAGGAGGAGCCAAAAAUUAUGCUGAGAGUGACCACAGCGAAGAUGAGGAUAAUGACAACAAUAGUGCCACCACAGAGGAGUCCACGAAGAAGAACAAAAAGAAACCACCGAAAAAAAAAUCUCGUUAUGAAAGGACAGACACCGGCGAGAUAACCUCUUACAUCACUGAGGAUGAUGUUGUCUACAGACCAGGAGACUGUGUGUAUAUCGAGAGUCGGAGGCCAAACACGCCAUAUUUCAUCUGUAGCAUUCAAGACUUCAAACUGGUCCACAACUCCCAGGCCUGCUGCAGAUCUCCAACUCCUGCUUUGUGUGACCCCCCAGCAUGCUCUCUGCCGGUGGCAUCACAGCCACCACAACAUCUUUCUGAAGCCGGGAGAGGGCCUGUAGGGAGUAAGAGGGACCAUCUACUCAUGAACGUCAAAUGGUACUACCGUCAGUCUGAAGUUCCAGAUUCUGUGUACCAGCAUUUGGUUCAGGAUCGGCAUAAUGAAAAUGACUCUGGAAGAGAACUUGUCAUUACAGACCCAGUUAUCAAGAACCGAGAGCUCUUCAUUUCUGAUUACGUUGACACAUACCAUGCUGCUGCCCUUAGAGGGAAGUGUAACAUCUCCCAUUUUUCUGACAUAUUUGCUGCUAGAGAGUUUAAAGCUCGAGUGGAUUCAUUUUUCUACAUAUUAGGCUACAACCCUGAGACAAGGAGGCUGAACAGCACCCAGGGGGAAAUUCGUGUUGGUCCUAGCCAUCAGGCCAAACUUCCUGAAUUGCAACCGUUCCCUUCUCCAGAUGGCGACACUGUGACCCAACAUGAGGAACUGGUCUGGAUGCCUGGAGUUAAUGACUGUGACCUCCUUAUGUACUUGAGGGCAGCAAGGAGCAUGGCAGCAUUCGCAGGGAUGUGUGAUGGAGGUUCCACAGAAGAUGGCUGUGUUGCAGCAUCUCGGGAUGACACUACCCUCAAUGCACUGAAUACACUACAUGAAAGUGGCUAUGACGCUGGCAAAGCCCUGCAGCGCCUGGUAAAGAAGCCUGUGCCCAAGCUGAUCGAAAAGUGCUGGACAGAAGAUGAAGUGACCGAGUGCUCAUGAAGCUACAUCC